GAAGAAAGGUGAAACCUUGCCAAAUGGCAAUACAAAAUUGUAGAGAGCAUGGCAAUUGAGUGCUACAUAGUUUAGAUUUAAAAAUAAAAAGGUUGGGGGAAAAAAAAAAAAAAAAAACCAAAAACAAAAAAGGGUUGGAGAGACUGAGAAGGGAAGAAAAGAAAAAAAAGAGAAGAAAUAGAAGGAAGGUGUGCGGUUUGGAGGAAAAAUUAAUGGCAAAGUGUAUGGUGGCAGAUACACAUUGAAGGAGUGUAAUAAAAAGGGCUGUUUCAGUUGGGUAGGUCUGGUUUUUAUAAUGCUUUCAAGUUUCAACCCCUCUCUCUCUCCCUCUUUGCCUUAACUCUUUUUGCCUUCCAAACAAACAAAUUUUGCAAACACUAGCUACUGUUUAAUUUUCUUCAUCAUCAUCAUAUACAUAUAUAUAUAUAUAUAUAUAUAUGUGAAACCAAUGCAGGCAAUGAUGAUCUUGAUGCUCAUGAAGUUCUAAAGGAUCAGGUGUAAUUAACCUCCACACCCACCUUCUCUUCCUUACCAUUAAUAAAGAUAGAGAGAGAGAGAAUAUAUAUAUAUAUAUAUAUUUAUAAAAAAAAAGAAAAGAAAAGAAAAAAAGGGUUCCCCAAUUACAAGUCAUUUUCUUAGGGGUUUCUUUUCUUGUUUGUGUUGGUGUCCGGUGCAAGUAAAUAUCAAAGGGAAAGUUUUCAGAUUUUAUUUCUCUCUGCACUUUGUUUUACUAGUAAUGGAGUUUUAGGUUUUUUUUUUUUUUCCUCUUUCUCUGCUUUCCUUUUUCUUUUCCUUUUGGCACUGAAUGAGAUAUGGGUAUUGUUGGAAAGAAGAGAGGCUUCUCAGCUCUUCUUCUUCUUCUUCUUCAACAUCUUCUUCUGGCUUUCCUUAUCACCAUCGUUUUCCAAAGCUUUACAGUCGUUUCGGGCUUAAAUUACUCCGAUUAUAGACAAGUCAGUAGCCUGAGACUACAACGGAUUCAAAGGCACCUGGACAAGAUUAACAAGCCCGCCGUCAUGACCAUACAAAGCCCAGAUGGAGAUAUAAUAGAUUGUGUCCAUAAAAGAAAACAGCCAGCUUUAGAUCAUCCUCUUUUAAAGAAUCACAAGAUCCAGAAAGAACCACCAGAGAGACCGAAACUAUCGAAAAUUUUGAAUCAAAAUGAGGCUAAAGAUGAGAAGAAGAAGAAUACAACUAAUUAUAUGAAUGAACAAGUAUUGGAAGGUGCAUGGCAAAUGUGGCACAGAAAUGGAACAAGGUGUCCAAAGGGUACGGUUCCAGUGCGGCGGAGCACAGUGGAUGAUGUUUUGAGAGCAAAGUCUUUGUUUGACUUUGGAAAGAAAAAAAGGAAGAUUGAUCUUGCUAGACGUACCGAUGCUCCGGAUGUAGUUAGUGCAAAUGGGCAUGAGCAUGCGAUUGCCUACACUGGAUCAUCGCUAGAAGCGUACGGGGCUAAGGCGACAAUAAACGUGUGGGACCCAUCAAUCCAAGUGGUCAACGAGUUCAGUCUCUCACAAAUUUGGGUUCUUUCCGGUUCAUUCGACGGCUCAGAUCUCAACAGCAUAGAAGCAGGAUGGCAGGUCAGUCCGGAGCUUUAUGGUGACAGCAGACCCAGAUUGUUCACUUACUGGACGACGGAUUCAUACCAAGCAACGGGAUGCUACAACCUUCUAUGUGCAGGAUUUGUACAGACAAAUAGCAAGAUAGCAAUUGGAGCUGCCAUUUCACCAGUUUCUUCAUAUUCUGGCAACCAAUACGACAUUAGCAUUCUCAUUUGGAAGGAUCCAAGGCUAGGAAAUUGGUGGAUGGGAUUUGGGGAGAACAUUCUAGUGGGUUACUGGCCAGCAGAGCUAUUCACCCACUUAGCAGACCAUGCAACCAUGGUGGAGUGGGGUGGUGAGGUGGUCAACACCAGGGCUAACGGCAAGCACACCUCGACCCAAAUGGGUUCGGGUCAUUUCGCGGACGAUGGGUUCGGAAAAGCUAGCUAUUUCAGGAACCUGGAGGUUGUAGAUUCAGAUAACAGCCUUAGCUCAGUCCAUGAUAUCUCAAUACUUGCAGAGAACACAAACUGUUAUGACAUCAAGAGCUACUACAACAAUGACUGGGGUACUUACUUCUACUAUGGUGGCCCAGGAAACAAUCCUCAAUGCCCAUGAUGAUGAUGAUGAUGAUGAUGAUCAUAAUCAUUGAUGAUGAUCAUGAUCAAAAUCAUCUUCAUCAUUUGGAAGCUGAUCAUAUAUACAAAUAUAUCUAUAUAUGUUUACUAUAAUUAGUUUUACGUUGAUCAUUAAUUAAUCUCUAUUGUUAUAUUAGUAUUGUCAAAUUCUUUGUCUGUAAUUAUAGCUAGGGUUCAUGCUAUAUUUCCAGUGUUCAGCUUGUUCCUGCAGCUGGCUGUAGUGUAUGCGCAUAUGGACAUCCACAUUUUUGUUUUGGUGAUUUAUGCAAGAUGCAAAUUUAAGAAGAUUGAAUUUUACGUAUA